UCAUCAAAAAAAGUCAGUGUUUAGACCCCAUCAAAAAGCCAGAACUGUGUACACCUUAGGGUCCAUGUCAACGAAACCCACUCAUUGUAAACUCACUAGUCCGAGAUCGCCUAGUAGUAGUAGUAGCUGCUUGUAUACACGACGUACCAACGCAUAGGACUUUGGGUGUUUGCUUUUCGAGAGCACGGCGGCUGAACGUCGGCGGACCAUAACUUCACGAGCCGUUGCGGCUCAUAGACCCUCGUCCGUGUCCCCUGAUACUUGAAAAACUCACACAAUAUUUUUUUUCAAUUGUUAAACUCUUCCUCGGUCUUCGUUUUUGAAUUCCUGCGGGUAGAGGAGCUCCACACUGGAAAGACCUUAUUCAAUUUUGCUGUGGAUUUUCGUCCUUUUUGACAAACUCAAGCAUAAACUCCGGACUCUGUUGCUGUUGCCGUGGAACACCCUGAACCGAUUCGGCGCCGCCAUUGACGGCGAGAGACAAGUGCGAAACUUGGCUCCAGUCAUCGAAUGGUUACCAGACCAUAGUCAGGCCGUAAAACUCUACUGACUGUAACAUCUCUCUCGGUGAUUAUCGAAUAGUAAUCGGAUUGUUUUGAUUUGAUUGUUGUAAUGUCAACAAUGAUGGAUCUGCAUCGGAGGGCGCAUCAAAUGCCACACGGAUCAUGUCAUGGUGGGGUGAACCAGCUAGGCGGUGUAUUCGUGAAUGGGAGGCCGUUACCAGACAUGGUCCGACAGCGGAUAGUGGACCUAGCACACAGUGGGGUCAGACCGUGCGACAUCUCACGGCAGCUUCGGGUGUCCCAUGGAUGCGUCAGCAAGAUCCUUGGAAGGUACUACGAAACGGGGUCCAUCAGACCCGGAGUGAUCGGGGGCAGUAAACCCAAGGUAGCCACCCCUCGAGUGGUCAACAAGAUAGCGGACUACAAACGGCAGAAUCCUACCAUGUUCGCCUGGGAGAUUCGGGAUCGGCUCCUUGCCGAGGCCGUGUGCGAGAAGGACAACGUGCCCAGCGUCAGCUCAAUCAACAGAAUCGUCCGAAACAAACUCGGAGACAAGAAGGCAGAUGACGACAUCUUGACGGGGCUGACGCAAACGGCUACUUCAUCCACGAACAUUCUCACUCCAGAAGGGGACAGGACGGGCUCUUCCUAUUCCAUCAAUGGUAUUUUGGGAAUUCAGAAACCGGAGAAAAGACACAAACGAGAGGGAUACAGUGACGAAACCGGACACGGCAAAAUGGGCGGCGAGGACAAAGCGCGGGAAAUGAUGCGAACAAACGGAGGUGCCUUCUCCCCACACCAGAUCGAGGCCUUGGAGAAAGCAAUCGACAAAUCGCAGUACCCGGAUGUCCUCUUCAUGCAUCAAGAUGCCCAUGGCAACAGGAGACAGGUGACGACGAGUGAGUAUCACACCCUGACGGCUGCAGCACUGAGUGGCGGCACACAUGCAUCAGACGUCAAACCUCACGUGUCUGACCCUCAUCAACAGCACCACCAAGCGGUGACCUGUGGUUAUCAAGCGUCAGCCUCGCACACCAUCACGCCCUCAACGCCUGGUAGCACUUUGAAACACGAAGGAGCGCCCUCCAGCGGUACACUCACCGUCCUCCAGCCGGCAGCCGUCGGGACGAUGGCCGGUUACAACCACUCCCUCAGUAACCAUGCCGCCCUCUCUCAACUCAGCUCAGCGGCAUCGAACUUCGGUCAAUAUUCAGGUUCAAAUUCGGGCUAUCCCACUUCGAGUCAAGGGGGAUACGGGUCCGGUGCUAUACACACAGGCAUUGGGCCACCUCUAGUUCUCCCCCAUGGUGGAGGAUCGUACGGUCACCCCGCCAGGGAAGGUGAUUAUUCCAACCAGUUCUCGUCCAUGCAGUACAACCAUCCUCAAUUUACUUCCAUGACCCCAAGCCAUUACAAUGACUGGCAACGGCUAAGCACACAGUCACUGCUAACUAAACCCGGGCCGAACGUCCCGACGAUGACCGGAGGAGGGCAGCAAACCCACACCAACUCAUCCUCACUGCAGCUCACACAUGCGCAGCAACAACAGAAUCGAGGCAAUCAGCAGCAGCAGCUCCAACAGGGUCAGGCGCACGCGCAGUGUGACGCCCUUGGGGGUAUGACGUCAAUGGAGGCAUCAGUGGUUGGCGGCAACCGGCUGCAGAAUGUACUGGACUUGAGAACGAGUACCAGCAACGCAGCAGUAAAAGAUCAGAAAGUUUCACUUGCGUGGGUAACGUUAGACCAGUGAGAUGGGAGGAAGGGGUUCACGUCCCACUGGUCUCCUUAUGAUUACUUUUAGUAUACGAUCAAUUUUUCAUCUAUGACUGAGAACAAUCACAUCAUUUUAUAAGAAAUUAAAUCAUGCAAUUUAAGGUAUUAUUAUGAAAGUUGUUUGGUAAAAUUGGGGAGGUAGUGCCUUCUGCUCUAUCGGCCAG